CUUGGUGGCCUCAGGCUUGUCACCUGCAGUGCCUCGUAGGGCUGGGGACAGCUGACCCUCCCCCUCCCCCAUAAGGUUCCUGAACACCAGUUCCCCUUUGGAGGGGGCCGCUGCGCUCCCUCACCAGCCACUUCCGCUUCAGCUUCCUGGCCUCAGCCUACGAUCAGGCUUGGCUUCCCUCCCAGGAGCCUCACUGGCUCUACCCCUGCCCCAUGCGAGAUGCCAGCCCCGCGGCCACUGCUGCUGCUGCUGCUGCCCCUGCUGUGGGCAGGGUCCCUGCAGCAGAGUCAAGGCCCAAAGAUCCAAGUCCAGAAGUCAGUGACCGUACAGAGGGGCCUGUGUGUCCUGGUGCCCUGCUCCUUCUCCUUCCCCUCACGUUGGUCGCUUUCCCAGCGAGAGAUCUACAUGUCUUGGUUCCGGCUCUGGACAACAUACCCAUAUGAUGAUGAGGCUGUGGCCACAAACAACCCAAAACAUGCAGUGAGGCCAGAGAUCAAAGGUCGAUUCCGCCUCCUUGGAGACAUCAGGACCAAAAACUGCUCCCUAAGCAUCAGGGGCGCCACAAUGGAGGACACAGGAUCCUAUGUCUUCAGAAUAGAGACAUAUGAUUACAAAUAUGGUUAUACAGACAACCCAGUGAAUUUGAAGGUAACAGACCUGACAGAGAAACCGGUCCUCCUGGUUCCUGAGCCCCUGCAGUCUGGCCGCCCCACACGCCUCAGCUGCUUCCUGCCCGGAUCCUGCCCAGGGAGCCCACCCCUCACCUUCUCCUGGUUGGGGGACGCCCUGAACUCCAUGGACCCUGGGAGCCUGCAUCCCUCAGAGCUCACUCUUACCCCACGGCCCCAGGACCACAGCAGCAGCCUCACCUGCCAGGUGAAACUCGGAGGAUCGCAGGUGACCACGGAGAAGACCGUCAGGCUCAACGUCUCCUAUGCUCCACAGAACUUCAGCAUCAGUGUCUUCUUCAGAAAUGGCACAGUCCUCCAGAUUCUAAACAGCUCCUCAUCCCUGUCCACCCUGGAGAGCCAGGUUCUGCAGCUGACCUGUGCUGUGGACAGCAACCCCCCUGCACAGCUGAGCUGGCUUUGGGACUCUCCUGCCCUGAAUGCCCCCUGCAUCUCUGCUGGUGCCACCCUGCAGCUGCCUUGUGUAGGGACUGCAGAAACAGAAAUUUUCACCUGUCAAGCUCAGAAUGUAGUGGGCACCCGGAAUGCCUCUGUGAGCCUCUCCAUGUUUUAUGGCCCCCAGCUGCUGGGCCCCACGUGCUCCUGGGAGGCUGCGGGUCUGCACUGCAGCUGCUCCUCCCAAGGCAGGCCAGUCCCGUCCCUGCGCUGGCGACUCGGGCAGGGGCUCCUGGAGGGGAACAGCAGCAACGCCUCCCUCACGGUCACCUCCAGCUCGGCGGGGCCCUGGGCCAACAGCUCCCUGAGCCUCCAUGGGAGACUCAACUCUAGCCUGAGGCUCAGCUGUGAAUCCUGGAAUGUGCGUGGGGACCACAGCGCCACUAUCCUGCUGCUGCCAGGGAAAUCAGAACCUAGGGGAGGAGCUGUAGUUGGAGCCCUCGGAGGCGCUGGUGCCAUGGCCCUGCUCUGUCUCUGUGUGUGCCUCAUCUUCUUCUGCAUCACGAAGGCCCGGAGGACUCAAGCAGCUGGAAGAUCAAAGAAAAUGGAUGAUGAGGACCCUGUCAUGGGCACAGUCACCUGGGCUUCCAAGCAGAAGCCCUGGCCAGAGAGCCCCCAAACCCAAGCGCACCCUGUUGGGGAUGGCUUGCCUCACCAGGAGCAACAGGAACUCCAUUAUGCAUCGCUCAACCUGCGGGAGAUGAAGCUUCUCGAGGCAAAGUCACAGGAGGACACAGUGUACUCAGAGAUCAACAGAAACAACUGAAGACGCACCCAGGCAUCCACCCUGGCAGGAAGAUGCUCAGGCUGUCUGGGAGGAAGGAGAAGUCAGAGACGACUACUAGAGCGUGAGAUACUCUUGUGAGUAUAUCAGCUUGACUGUUAAGAACAUCCCAGGUGGUCCAGAAGGACAGCUCAUGGGAUUGGAGAGACUUGGGUUCAAACCCCCAACUCCAGAACUUUCUAAAACAUUUGACCAAACAGUUCAUUUCUCUGUGCUUUGGUUUCCUGUUCUGUGAAUCUGAAAUCAUGUAUCCCACCUAAAGUUGUUAUGAGCAUUAAGAAAACCAACACAUGGAUGGAAAUCAGCCCACCGAGGUCCUGUCAGGGGGUAUGAGCUGGGUGCUCCCUUCACCACAAAGCUCUCACUGGAGAGUCCCCCUGAGUUGGGCUGGCCAGGUGCAGAGGACAUGGCAGCAGCAUACUGAGAUCUCUGCCCUCCCCAGAACUCUCCAAAGCUUCCCCAGAAAAGACUGAGAUUUGAUUUAUGAUGUGGCAUCCACUGUCUUCUGUCAUCUCUUCACCCCACUUUUAUCUGUCAAUCACUCUUCCUCAAACAAAAUAAAACUCUUCCUCACCA